AUGGAUGGAGCCUUAUCUCGGGCUGUAGCCGCCGCUUCUCGUUUUGCCGCCGACUCAAAUUCUAAUAAUACUGCUGUUUUUGAAGAGUCAUUAAAGGCUCUCAUUCGUCACCUCGAUGGAGUUGAGUCAAUUGGGAGGCUAGCUAUUUCUAACCAGUUUAUUACCGAACUUCUCGAUUAUUGUCCGCACCUACUUUCUGCCAAUACAUCAAGUGCUCCAACAAGAUCGAAGCUACUGCGAUUACUCUUCAGCUUAGCACUUUAUAAUGUGAGAAUACGACGCUAUGUAUGUGGCGAAUUACACUUAUGCGGGCCAGUUUUUGAUUGCCUGAAGCUAUCCCUCAAGGAGCAAUUAGGGCCUCAGAAUUUGAUAGACAUCCUCCGAUUGCUACAGGUUUUAACGUAUGAAAAAUGUCUAGUUCUCGGUGUAUGGACGAACGACUUGAUUUCGUUUCUGAUGAGCGAGACUACCAGAGAGGACGAAAUGGAAUGGAUGCCUCACUGUAUAGCUAUUUUAUGUAACCUUGCAAGACGUUCCAAGUCAGUAUGUAGUAGGAUAAAGAAAUCCACAUCAUACAAAGCAUUUUCUCGACGUGUGAUCAAGUUACUAUCGCAUGAUUCACGUAUCGUUGUGGUUUCAUCGUUAGUACUUAUAGGCUACCUCGAAGAAAAAGUUCGAGAUAUGGUCUACUGUUCCCAGAAUAUUCAUGAAACUUUUCAAUGUGUGUUCAACGUUUUGAUAAUGGGUGAUAGUGACUGCGUAAUGACACGACAUAUUGCAGCAGAUCUUUUGCGUAGACUAGUUAUCUCGUCAACUCCUGUAAUCACAUCGACGGGUAAGGAUGUCAUGAAUUACAGCUUUUUCAACCGCUGCGUUCAGCAAACUGCAGAACUUCUAGUGACCUUGGAUCCUAGACUGGAAGAAACUGCUAAGGUAUACGACGUCCUCUUAUCCUUCUGUUCUCUUCCUCAGCUAUGUUCUCCUGUUUGUGCUGCUGUGUUGAAAUAUCCACCUACAGAAGAUCGUCUUACUACCCCACUGCUUGCUAUCGCUUCCACGGCAGCAGUAUCAGUAGAAGACGCAGUACAACCUGAAAUAUCUUUGAAAGCCCUUCGAUUACUCACUUAUUUGGUUAAGAAAUCCUUAUCCCUUUUCGGCACUCUAGUUUGUAUUUCAUUUUCUAUUACUUUCGCUUCUACCGAUGAGGACUUACGUAGUGGUCUUCUCGAAGUAACAACGGCAUCGUUAUGCGCUCAUAUUUCGGAAUCCCAACUCAUCACAAAUCCGGUAGUUAUAUUCAUGGAAAAGCCUCCUUCCCAUAGAACAGAAAGAAUUGCUGAGUGGAGUGUUUAUGGUGUGGCAGUCGUUUUAGAACUAUUACGAUUGCUUGCUGCUCUUAAGGAUUUCUCGAAACUACAUAAGGACCAAUACUGGAAAUCGUUAAAGGAUCCUCGACUAGUAUCGUUUUUGGCGUAUGCAUUAACGUUUGGUGAUCACGAAAUGGUUCAUAAUGCUCUGAUCCUCUACACACAUUGUUCACAGUAUUUGUUGUUCUCGUCACAUCAGUUGAACAUUAGGAUAUGGCUUUUCCUCAUAAUGUUCGGCACCCUUAUAUCUGAAUGCUCUUGGAUCGUCCCGUGA